CGAGCGAGUCAUUUGGGCGACGGGCGCGCCACACCACUAGUGACAGCCACAACUAGUCCCGGAAAUGCCGAGCGCAAAGGCGGAUUCUCUCGCUCGAUUCGUAUAAACGAAAGGAAGUAACGUAAGGGUCGGGACGGGUGGUGUAUCAUCGAGAGAAGGGUCGCGCCCCAUGCCCUUCGAUAUGAUGACAAAUACGACAGAACUAAUAAAGAAAGAGUAAACUGUCUCGGGGACGUGCGCGCGCCGGCUUUACUCACUGCCGCCGCUCGGCACCAGGAUUGCUCUCCUUAUUCCCCCGGCACCGUUCCUCGUGCUUAUAGCGCGGUCGAUCAGGUGGCGCGGCGCGCGAUUCGGUAGGGAACUCGCCGCCAGAGGCUGGUAACAGGUCGCGGGGUUAAAAAAAACGCACUUGUAUCAGCGCCUCUCGUCGCCCGGUGCUGCCCUCUGCAACGCGGCCCAUUGAUCGCGCGAGCUGUCACACGGGAUCAGCUGAUCCGGCCGACUCACGUGGAAGGCGAUCAGCUGUGACGGAGUGCGAAUGGAGUCGAGCGCUUGAGCGGAUCAUGGACGUGGAUUGUGCGGAUGCGGAGGUACUGCUGCCCACCGACGACGACUACCUCGUAUCGGAGUGCAAGUACGAGUAUCUCGACCACACGGCGGACGUUCAGUAAGUACCGAGAGAGUCGAUGGUCGCUCGCGUGAUUACAUACUUUUGAGGUUGGAAUGGAAACGUGGGUCGAGCCGAGCGGGGCUCGGGCACUCGAUGUUAAUUUCGCUGGUUGGUACAGAGGAGAUCUAGGAGAGUGCUUUUCGAUGGCAAUUCUUAUCGACAUGGUUGUAAGACGAUUAGGCUGGAUACAACGUGACGAUAUCAUUGGAGAUUGAGGUUAUGGGUCGGACUUAACCUAUAAAGCCAAUGGACCGAUUUUGUCAUUAUCGAUGCAACACGCGGCGCUCUUGGUAUCAGCGUAUCCUUCUAAGCGUCGAUUUCUUUUAAUUUCUAGGUUGCACGCAUGGGGCGAGACCCUGGAGGAGGCCUUCGAGCAAUGCGCCAUCGCGAUGUUCAACUACAUAACUGAACUGGAGCUUGUCGAGGUGAAGCAAGUGCACCACGUGGUGGCCCAGGGCCACGACAUGCUAAGUCUCCUCUUUCACUUCCUAGACGAGCUGCUCUACAUGUUUUGCGCGGAGCCCUACCUCGUCGCUAAGCGAGUGAAGAUCGUGGAGUUCGACAGGGUGAACUUUAGGAUAAAGGCGCGGGCGGCCGGCGAGGAGUUCACUAUUGGGAAGCACACGCAGGGUGCGGACGUGAAGGCCAUCACAUACUCGGCGAUGCAGAUCCACGACCGACCGGAAGCCCAGCGCCCCGAACUCUUCGUCAUCAUCGACAUAUGAUCACGACGUCUAUCUCGAUAUAGCGCGAUCCCCGCCCCGACGACCCUUCUCGCUCAGCCCCCGAGAACGGGUAAGCAAGGGCGAGACGUCGGUCCGGUACGCUUUGAAUGUCCAUGGUGGGGAUCAGCGACGGGUUGCAUGGAGCAUUAUUAUUAUGGUUGGAAAGCGAGAGAUUGAGUGAGAAUGAGCGCGAACAGGGGUAACGGGGGG